AUGCUGCGGCUCCAUGAGGAAGAGGACCAUCGUGGGCGGAUACGCGUUCACCUGGUGGUUCGUCACCGACGUACAGCGGUUAUCGCUGGAGGUGAUGACUCUGAACCCGGUAUGCGAGAGUGUGGAAACGGCACAAGGAGUACCGUUAACGGUUACUGGAGUGGCACAGUGCAAAAUCAUGAAAGCCGACGAAUUGUUGCACACUGCCAGUGAACAGUUUCUUGGAAAGAGGGUUCACGAGACUGUCCACCUUAGAGGGUCACCUUCGAGCUAUAUUAGAAAAUAUUGCUGUGGAUUAAAAACCCAUCUGCAUGAUGCUAAAUCCACAUCAUGUUGGUGUUAA